AUGGGAAGAGGUUUAGUGUUGUUUACCGUUAUUAUGGCUGUGAUGGCUACCACAAGAGUCUCUGCUCAGUCGAGUUGCACAACCGCGUUGAUCAGCAUGUCUCCCUGUCUCAAUUACAUAACCGGAAACACUACCUCUCCUUCUCAGCAAUGCUGCAGUCAGCUAGGUAAUGUAGUCAGGUCUUCUCCUGACUGUUUGUGUCAAGCUCUCAACGGUGGAGGCUCUCAGCUUGGGAUCAACGUUAACCAAACACAAGCUCUUGCUUUGCCAAGGGCUUGUAAUGUUCAAACCCCUCCCGUUAGUCGAUGUAACAACGGUGGUGGUUCUACUGCUAACUCUCCAACAGAUUCGCCAAACUCUUCAGGACCAGGAAAUGGAUCGAAGACUGUGCCAGUAGGGGAAGGAGAUGGACAAUCGUCAGAUGGAAGCUCUAUCAAGCUCUCAUAUCCUCUUCUUACCUUCCUCUCUGCAGCUUCUUACAUUGCAAUCUGCUUGAAAUACUGAUUUCUUCCCAUCCACGUUUCUCAUGAAACCGAUGAAGUUUUUAUUCCACUCAGAUUGCUUUCUUUAUUUGUCUCUAUUUAUUCACAUUUUCGUUGAGACUUUGUGUGAUGUAUUAAAUCCUCUAUGAACCCCUAUUCUACGGGGUAGCAUGUUGGAUCUCUUUACCUUUUAUAAUAAGCAUUAUUUUC